AUCAUGAUCAGACAAGACGUGUGUCCAUGUUCUCUCGACUUACCCCCCCACCUGGGGGGACUGAUGGUCUCGUAUGGAGCUUUGCUAGAGUACCGGAUCACGUGCAUCGGGUCACGGGCAACCGUGACCUUGGUGUACGGAGACCCGGUACCACCGAAGAAAGGAAGGUGGAGGAAGAGGAGACGUGCGCCAGGGAAGGCUCAGGGGGAGACAAAACCGGCGGCUAAACCGCCGGCAGCGCCACCUUCUGCUUCGCCACCCAUCGCCGCUCCCCGUAUGAGGAUAGGAAUAGAAGAGGCACCAGCCCCGGACAUCCCGUCUUCUGCGUUGGAACCAAAUAGACCAACUCCACAGGCCAGGACUUCAGCGCCUCCGGUUGUGCCGCCGAUUAUACAGGCGGCACCCGUUGAGGCGCAGGCCCGAAAAGUGGCUAUAGUAAAACGGAAGGCAACCACUCCCCCGAGUGGCCAACCAGACAAGCCAAGCCAACCGUUCCAACCGCCGAAACCUGACGAGCCACCAAUCCAACAGUGGAACCUACAGGCGGGCAAAUUACAUCAGCGGUACGCCAAACUUAUCCGGAUGAACGUUGAGGACGAGUCUAAACUUUAUAUAGUACCCAGACAAAAAACUUGGGUCAAGCUUCCAAGGAGCCCGGAAGGAGAAUUCGCCAUCAGCAAAACCCUUCUGAGAGAUAAAGAGGAGGUGUGUAUACUGACCAUACACCAAGCCGGAAUAUACCAUCAGGGAAUGCUGCUAAAAGAAAUGGACAACCCGACGAUACACCGCAUCGUGAAGACGAUAUCGGGGGCCAACUACCGUCCAUUGGUCAGGCAAUUAGCACUCAGCCCAUACCGGCCCUUCUUUACAGACAUUGACUCCUCCAACUUCAUCGGAUCGCCCUAGACGCCAACCUUUGCUAGGACAGUUAGGCCCUGGAGGAUGAAGGAUUCGUAAAGCGGGGAGCACCGCGCCACCGGCAGUCAGGCGAUCCAACAGGCGGGAGGCCCACUAUGUAAAGAUUACAGUGAAAGAUAGACAUGCCAACAGAGGUCGGCAAAAAGAUAGAAAAAGUGGAGAAGAAAAUUUCAAAGAAAAAUGAUGGGUGACAAAACCGCACAGGAGAAGAAUACCAGGUACCCCACGGCAAGGCCCGGCUCUCCGGACAUCACCGAUUGGCACCUCGGAAACACUCGUGAGCGGCAGUAUUCACUAAAGACAGAAGAAAGAAAACACAGUGUGUGUUAGAAGCGAGCCGGAUCGAUAUGCGACACUCAGCUUGAAAUGGUGCGUUGCGAUUGGCUGAAUCUCGAUCCCUAGCCAGAGCCGGUUGAGAUUAAGAAAGAAAGCCAGUGUUAAGAAACAACAGGCAAAAUAAGAGACUGCGAUUGGCUGGAUUUCGAUUCCUCCUCUGGAAAAAAAAGAAAGAGAGGAAUGUGGAUGUUACAACCAUCCAGUCAAUCGCCCACAUGUGAAUGAUGAAAUAAUGUGCGUAGGCUUUUUCGGUGAUUCUAAAAUGGAUUAAAAGGAAGAGUUGUUCAACAUAGUUAAAUAAAAGAUUGUUUUAACAACUUAAAAGAAAAGAAAGAGGAGUUAAAAGAAGACAUUAUAUAAUUUAUAUUUUUUUUUUUUUAAAAAGUAAGGUUAUUCGGUUUGUCCGCGGGAGGGUAAAGUCCAAACCUUUACCACCCUGGGCAAAGUUCGCCACCAGCCACCCACACACCACUGCAAGGUGAGUGCUAGACUUAGCAGGCCCAUGAUCGAGUGCAUCGAUAGUCCUCGGACCGCUCUUACCUGUUUAUAUAAUUAGCAAUUUAUUAUGUGCCAGCUACUUAUUAUAUUCUUAUUUUCGUGUCCAAUACAUAGGUUAGAAUAGCCCGUUCCACCUCCCGUUUGAGAGCGGGAGGCGGGUUAAAUAUUUUAACAGGAUUAAAUUUAAUUUUAAGUUUAUCCAUUAUUGUUUUAAAAAUACUUCUUUCGUCAGUAUAUUUAUUACAAUAAAAAAUAUAAUGUCUUACA